UUCUUUAAUACCAAUAAAAAUCAAAAAAAUGUCAAAUGAACUAUCAAGUUCCCAUUCUUCACCGGAACAAAAAGCCUUGAUCAAGCCAGAACAAUACACUGAUUUAAAAGCAGACAUUAAUAUAGGCAAUUAUGACAGAGCACUACAAACCUUUGUAUCGCUGCAGUCAAAUGACUAUAGAAAUCCAGCAUUUCAAGCAUUUGCAGCUGAAGUCGCAGAAAACUUGGACCCUCAAAAGGAAACAGACUUGAGCAAAUUCUUUGCAUCUUUACCAUUUGUAUUACAAUCAAAUAUAAUUGAUUUCGCCAAAGAACAUUUCCAAGGUAAUGGUGACUACAUCAAGAUAUUCAAUAUUCUAUUUCAAUAUAUCAAAAGUUAUCCACUUCAUGCGUACAAAUACUUGAUCGAGGCUAUCAAUACUCUGAUACUAAGCGCACAAAAGAUGGAAGGAGAAGAGAAGCAGCGGUUGAUAAAGACAUUGGUGACAGAACUAUUCCCUCGCUUAUGCGAUUAUAAACUGCUACUGGUCAGAAGAGACAUUGUACCCUCUGUGAGAAAUACAAAUGAACCUUUGAUCUGUUUACCAUAUAACCUAUUUGAACAAUUCUUAUUACUCGGUCAACGAUUCUAUAUCAAGCAGCACAAGUGGAAAGAGGCAACACAGUUCACCUGCAGCAUGCUCGCAGCUUGUGGGUAUAAAGGACUAGAUGAUGAAAACUAUACAUCACAUCAUGAUUUGCGUCUUCAGUAUCUUAAAGAGCACCGAAACACGGUCAGGGUGGACAGAGAAGAGUUUGGAGUAGAUGCGCUGAGUGUGGAGGAUUUUGUUGUCUUAGUAACUGUGAUGUGUGAAUAUAUGGCAGCCAGUUGCCAGUUUGUCCAGUUUGGCUAUGAUUAUUACAGAGCAGUGUGUGGCAUGAAUGGUGAGAACACAGACGACGAAAAAUCCUGUUUGAUUCCUAUCUGUAUCUUUCAGCCCAACAAUAACAAUAAGCCAGGAACUGGUAAUGACAAGACUACUAUUGAUUUCUCAGAAGAUACCCAGAUGACAGCGAGAAGAAAACGACCUAGACUGGACUAUGCUGAAGAUAAUGAAGAAGAAAAGAUAGAACAAGAACGGAAUCAGGGCUUAGAUUCAUAUUGUGUCAAGGGUGUCGAUGACACUCUACAUAUUUUGAGUCAAGCAGGUGAUUGUUUACGACACAUUGUUGAAUUGUGGCAAUGGGCAUCAGAUCGGAUAUCAGAAAAUGAACUCGUAGAUCAUUUUGGAAAUUGGGAACAAGGUAAAUAAACCAUGUGCAUAAAAUAGAAACACUUACCAUUUUUAAUAGAGUUAUGUAGAGUCAUUGAAUCAUAUAAACUACCAUUUGAUAUGCAUAAUGCUGUCUUACUUGUCAGAAGUGAUUUAGCUCUUUCAUC